AUAAUUUUAUAAAUAAUGGAUUUUUGUAAAUAAUCAGAACAAAAAUCAAUAGAAUGGAAUUCGAAAUGUUUUAGAUAUGAAUUAGUUCCAUAAAUGAAAUACAGAUAACAAGAAUGUUGCUAUUGUAUAGCAAUUGAUAAAAAUAAUUCAAUAGUAGUUGCUGGUUCAAAUAAUAAUAUAAAAGUAUUGUAAUUAAAAGAUGGAUUAAAAUAAAUAUAAUUGAUAAAUAAGCAUUAGAAUGCAAUAACAACACUUAUUGUAUUUAAAAAUAGAUCUUAUUUUAUUUCUGGAUCUAAUGAUUGUUCAAUUAUAAUAUGGUCAUUUAAUAUGAUAUCAAAUGCAAAAUAUAUAAGUAAAUUGAUUGGCCAUAAAGAUUGGAUAAAAUGUCUAAUAGUAAAUCCAAAAAUAGAAACUACGAUCAUAAGUGGAUCAUAUGAUAAAACAAUUAAAAUUUGGUCAUUAUCAACUAAUUUUUAAUAAUAAGAUUAAUAAUCCUGGGUAUGUACAUAAACAAUAACAUCACAUUUGAAUUAGGUGGAAGCCAUAUCAAUUAAUUAGAAUGGUAAUAAAUUACUUUCUUGUGGAGCAGACUCUAUGAUUUUUGUUUUUUAAGAAGUUGAUAGAUUAUGGAAAUUAAAGCAGAAAAUAUAAUUAAAAGAAUUUGGAUAUCGAAUCUCAUUUAUAACAGAUGAUUAAUUUGCAUUUUAACCAAGAAAUAAUUAUUUAUGUAUUUACACUUUAAAUUCUGUUACAGAUUUAUAUAAUAAUUAAAUAAAUAUUUAAGUUUAAGGAGGAUAGAAAAAUUGUGAUAGCUAUUUCCCAUUAAUCUGUUUAAAUGAUCAUUAAAUGUUGAUAUCAAAAAAUGGAAUCAAUAUUAAUUUAUUAAAAUAUGAAUUUAAUUUAACUAAUAAUAUAGAUUGUAAAUUGAUAUAAGUUAUAGAAUUUUAAUAUUUAUGUUAAUGGGAUGGAAUGAUUUAUGGAACUGCAAGUAAUGAUGGUAAGUAUUUAAUUACAUGGGAUUUAAAAUCAAAAGCAAUUUAAAUUAGAUAAUUAAAAUAAAAUCAUGAAUGA